AUGGAGAGCACAAUUCUCAUGACCGGGGCCAACGGCUCGCUGGCUAUUCCCGCUGUGGAAUACAUUUUGCAGCAUUCGCCAAAGGUGGCGCUUGUACUCACCGUCCGCGAUGCCAGCGAUGGCGACGUCAACACAAAGGCCCUGCGUGACGCCGUUGCAAAGUUCCCCGAAGCUCGCGUCUCAAUCAGAGCCCUCGACCUUGGCCACCUUCAAGCGGUAUCCGACUUUGCUGGCAGUAUCGCAAAUGAGAUUGCCCAAGGAACGCUCCCCAAGCUCUCCAGUAUCGUCGGCACCGCCUAUUACUGGAAUCUAGUCGGCCCAGCGGAGCUGACUGGCGACGGCUACGACAAGACGUUCCAAGUCACCUACUUGUCACACUUUUCCCUCGUACUACGCUUGCUUGGCAGUUUCCAGGAAAGUGGCGGCCGAGUCGUCCUGUAUACCAGCGACGGCCACGAGCCGGGCAAGAAUGGCCUCGAGAAGAUCCCGCCUUCGAUCCCCGCCGAUGCCGCCGCCCUCGACUUGCUUGUCAAGCCAUCUCCGGAUGAUCCGUCAAUUGACGCACUCGGCCACGGCUUCCAUCGUUAUGCCAACGCCAAAUUGGCCCUUGUCAUGUUCACACACGCGCUGAACCGACGCCUCCAGAAGGACGCCCAGCUGGCAAACAUUACCGUGGUAGUGACAAACCCAGGCAACUUGGCAGACUCACGCGCUCUAACGGUCAACACCCCGCGCAAAUUAAUCAUCUUGUCCAAGUUUGUGCUACGGCCCUUGAGGCCGUUGUUGAGCAUGAUGGACCCAACCGCGCGCACCGUCGCUGAAGCGGGCCGCGACACUGCCAAACUAGCCACGGGCGAGGCCAACCCUGGCGAGCGUGGGUACUUUACGCUACUCAAGCCGGAUUCCGGAUCCAAGGACAGCCAAGACGAAGAAGCUCAAGAGGCGCUUUGGUCAAAGAGCGUACAGUGGACAGGCCUUGAGGCAAAGGACGCGAGGCUAUUGUAA